CUAGGCGCGCACUGCUCAGUGUCGUUUCGAACGACAGCGUGAGGUGGUGCGUUUCACGAAUUCUCAUCGCCGCGGACGAUAGACCGUUUGAUACGUAACACCAGACCACACUUAUGGUGCGGUGUGACAAGCGAGAUUAGAGUGCAGCCGAGAGUUGCGUGUGUCUCUGGAAUGUUUUUUUUCGUUUAAGAAGAAGUGCAGUUCCGUUCCCGUUGUUUUGGUGCUUUUUCCCUUGAUUAGUGCAACUAAAACCGGCAGUGAAGAAGCACUUGUGCACGUUCUGAACAGUUUGCUUUUGCGUUCCCAAACACGUGGAGAGAAAGAGAGAGUGUGUGUGUGUGGUGUGACGUGCAACGCGACCGGAACCAAUUUACGUGUCGAUACUGAUCAGUUUAGCCAGCCAGCGGGAGGAAGUGUCACCGCGGUGACCGGUCGAAAUUGUGUCGAUCACCCACAUCCCUGCAGUGCGGAACUUUAAAAGUUCCCGACUCUUACUCCCAACGGAUCAUGGACAGCUAUCAUGUACAGACGCAGCAGAACAGUUACGGCAGCAGCUGCACGAAUGGCAACACCGGCCGCCACGGCGGUGCCGCCGGACCAACGACGACGAUCUACACCAAUGCACACGCCUACCCGGUGGCUUCGUUCAACUACGCCACGAUGAGCUACGCGCACUCGGAGGGUGGCUCCGUGUCGCCGCCACCGUCGCCCCGCUCGAACAGCUCCAUCUCGUCGGCCUACUCGUCCGCGUCGUCCACGGCCGCCUCCCUGUCGGCGGCCUCGUCCGGCUCGUCCUCGUCGUCCGCUUCGUCGUCCUCGUCCUGUAUCUCGUCGGCCGGUUCGGAGACGGGCGCCUCCUACGAGCAUCUAGACAUCACGGCCCAGCGGUUAGCGGUGCUGUCGUUCGAGCAGGUGAUGAAGCUGAACGACGUCAUGAACGAGCCGGUGUCGAUACACGGCCGCGGCAACUUCCCGACGCUCGAGGUGAAGUUGAAGGAUCUGGUCAACAUUGUGCGCGAGAAGCUCGAGGCGGACGUCGUCGCCGGUGGUGCCGGCAUGACGGUAAAGGACAUCCGUCUGAACGGUGGCGCAGCUAGUCAUGUGUUGGCGUCCGAGCCGCAGCCAUACAACGAUCUCGAUCUGAUUUUCGCCGUCGACUUCAGCACCAGCCGGAGCUAUGAUCGCGUCAAGUCGGCCGUGCUGUCCUCGCUGCUCGACCUGAUGCCGGAGGGCGUCGUCAAGCGCAAGAUCACGCAGUGCUCGCUGAAGGAGGCGUACGUCGGCAAGAUGGUGAAGGUGAACAGUGACGGCGACCGCUGGAGUCUCAUCUCGCUCGGCAACUCGCCCGGCCACAAGAACGUGGAGCUGAAGUUUGUCGACACGAUGCGCCGGCAGUUCGAGUUCAGCGUCGACUCGUUCCAGAUCGUGCUCGACUCGCUGCUGCUGUUCUACGACUGUGCCGAGAUGCCGAUGAUCACGGAAAACUUCUACCCGACGGUGGUGGGUGAGUCGGUGUACGGCGACUUUCAGGAGGCGCUGUACCAUCUGCAGAAGAAGCUGAUCUCGACGCGCCAGCCGGAGGAGAUCCGUGGCGGCGGGCUGCUCAAGUACUGUAACCUGCUGGUGCGCAACUACGUCCCGGUGGACCCGCAGCGCAUCAAGACGCUCGAGCGGUACAUGUGCUCGCGGUUCUUCAUCGACUUCCCGGACAUUGGCCAGCAGCGCAGCAAGCUGGAGUCGUACUUGAAGAACCACUUCUUCGAUGAGGGCGAGGAGCACCUGCAGCACCAGUACCUGAUGCAUUUAUUCGAGGUCGUCGAGCAGUCGACCGUAUGUCUGAUGGGACACGAGCGCCGCCAGACGCUCAUGCUGAUCGAUUCCCUUGCCAUGGAGAUCUUUUACCGCGAUCAGCAGCAGCAGCAUCAGCAGCAACAGCAGCAACAGCAGUCAUCGGCCACCCACACUCAGCAGCAGCAGCAGCAGCAACAGCACACCACGCUUCAGCUGCAGACGCAAAUGUCCCAUCUGUCGCUGUCUCCGCAGCAGCUCUCCCCCCAGUCGCCCACACUGAUGGCCCAUUCGCCCAACCACCAUCAGCACCAGGCGCAAACACAGCAGCAGCAGUCGCAGCAAACAUCUCCACAGUGUGCGACGUCGGCACAGCAAGUACAACAGUCCCAGCAGUCGCAGCAGCAACAGACGCAACAACAGACGACUGCGAUCGCCCAGACCCAGGCCAUUGCACUGGCACCGCAACCGGGACUGCUGUAUGCGAACGGUAUCUACUACGCUCCGCUCAUUCCCUACACCCAGUGCACGUGUAACAGCUGGAUAACGACGUGAUUAGUGAGCCCGCUGCCGGCGGUGGCAGGCCACAGUAGUAGCAUCAUCAACAUUGCAGGCACCGACCUUUCGCCGGAAUUAACCGUCGAAACAUCACCAUCCACACCACCAACAUCAUCAUCAUCGUUAUCAUCAUCAUCCUAUCUUCCCGGUCCGUCACAGUCCCCAGCGCUACUAUUUUCACCCUCAACAAGCGCAACGAUCACACAGGAGUGUCCUUUCGCCGCCGGCUGCACGCUCGGGAGUCGCCUCUCGGCGCCCUACUUCUCAUCGCCGGCUUGCCUAGCAAGUGAUGCGGCACGAGGAUCCGGCAGACAGCAGCAACAGCCCAUCACAACCGCCACCCUUUCGAUUGUUCCGGUGGAUUUGCAGUCAUCGUCUCUGUCACCAGCCUCACCAACGGCAUCGUUGUCAUCGUCGUCCCCGUCAUCGCACCCAUCGUACGUGUACGCUGUCCCCGGCGAUCACUGCUACUACUACUAUCCCUGUCAACCAGAACUUCUGCUAGAGGAUGGUUCCGAGCGAUGAUCAUUCAAUACAUCAGUAAGCGGAGUCCUACGAGGCUGUGACUAAAACGAAGAAGAAUGCGGAAAACAGGGGAAGCAAUGCAUGCCAAAAAACGUAUGCAAAACAGCAACAGUUUUGGAUUUUUGUGAGUAGAAGCGGAUGAAAAAAGGGUAGGGAAUCUUCCGAACGAUUUUUAACCUUCUCUGAUAGUCGAGGUCUGUCCUGUCUCGAGGGUUACUAUACAGAUGGUCACGUUCGCAAUAACGAUUCACAAUGCGUGCUUGCAGUACUGCAACUGCGUCUUGGGCGCCACCGUUUUGCGCCACGACCCUAGUGCGUAGCGUUUAAUUGAUAAGACGCAAACCGACGGACAAGCAAACACAAAACAAUAUGGCGAUCGAAUUUUAAUACUAUGCAACUAUGAAACAAAAUAAAAAAACAGCAUAAUAUCGAAGGUAAAAACGGGGGACGACAAAAACAGGAACAAGAUGUAGACUUUGAACAAACCACCAACGCGAAGCGAAACAUGCAUUGGCAUGUGCGGUGAAGUAAAAUUGAGCGAAGCGUUAGAUAAAAAAAAACAACACACAACAAACAAACUACUAGUACAAGAAACAGGAAUGGGAAUUAUAUUGCGUAGCCUACGAAUUUGAAAUAUCUGUACGUUACAAACAAAAUAAGUGGAAAUAUAAAUUUGAAGUAUUUUAUGAAAAACGUGCACCACCACCAUAAGAAGCUAAAACAAAAACAAAAUAAUUAGAGUAUCUCAAAAAUGGACGAAAUUAUCGCACACAUGUCCCGGGAUUGUUGCUAUCGAUUGGUUUUGUUUGUAGAAAUGAUGCAUUGUCAUCUGUUCUUGUGGCAUCUUCAGUUUGUUAUGCUCAUUUCAACACUCGAAAUCUCAUGUGGAGCUGUGACUAUCAUUCGAGUGCUGUUUUUUUUUGCUAAACAUACCAGUUUGUACAUGGUGACCGCUGAACAGAUCGCUGAACUAUCGCACCUGUUUACGUCAUUGUCCAAAGUAUCCGUACUUUGUGUGUGUGUGUGUGAUUUUAAGGGGUUUCCCCACUUUCUAUUCUUGUGAGGAUCGUGCGGAGAAACGAGUUAGGUAAGCCAGAAGAUGGAAGGGCGUAAUCGGACACUGUGAUUUGGGAAGGGUGCGGGAGGAUAUUUGUGCGUCUGUUUGUACACCGCGCGAACGCGGCACAAUCGAACCGGGCAAACCACUUAACGAUAACAAGCAAUUCAUCCCAAAGGCUCAUUGCGCGGGAACGUGUUCAUUUCGAUGUAACUUCUAUGGUGUUUGUUCAUGUUUGUGUGUGAGUGUGUGCGUAUACAAGGCUAUUUCCGGUGUGCUAGUCUUUUCUUUAACCAUGUAUGUUGUGACGUUUGCUGUCGACCCCCAUCAACUUACCCGUGGGGCGAUUGGCGAAGAUCAUUGCGAUCUCCGCUUGGUGUAUGGUAUAUCGUGCCAUUGUUUUCGGACUUUGAAGUAUGCAGUGAAAGCAGAGAAUAUUUCCGUACGGGACAUAACGCACCCAUAGCUAACCAUUCGCGAUCGAUCGUACUCCAUUUUAUGUGUAAUUAAAAAUUACUACAGAGCCAAGCAAACAAACAAAACCCCACACCAGCGCAUAGAUCUGUGCAUGUACUUAUCAGAGACCAUUUUAUCCGCCCGUCUUUUGCAUUACCGAUCGCUGAAGCAUACGUGGGCAAAUGUUACCACUUUUAACUGAUCCCGCUGGCUGAUGGCGAACAAAAUGAGUGUCCAGCACCACAACCGGCAAAUGAUGCUGUAAAUAAUUGUAAAGAAAUCACGUACUGAAGACUGCUGUUUACAUAAGAACAAAAAAAAAACCCAAUGCAUCACGUGGUGAAUGCAUUCAAGUGCGCGAUUGAUGAAACACACGACGACACUAUGAUGUAUGACUUCCCUAGGGUGAGUGUUCGCUCAAUUUUGGAAGUGUUUCAUCCCUACUCUUUCUCUCCUUAUCGGCGAGGCAGAGUAAAGCUGUUGUAAUAAAUACAACAACAACAAAAUCUAUCAAAUGUACGAAAUUCGAAGGCCACAGGAUCUCACAAACGGUUUGCCGAAGCGUUACAGCGUCUACGGGAAAAGCGUCCCUUAGAGAAAGGAGUCAUUCGACCUUUCAGCGCUUCCGUGGUUGUUGUGGAUGUUGGAACUAUCGGGGAUUCGGGAAGGAUGCGAAAAACUAAGCACAGUCGCCAACGCGAGCGACAGAAAACUACAGAUCAAUAGAUAUACAUAUAUUUUGGAUUGCAUGUUUGUUGAGGAAGCGCUAGGCUUCAUUUAUUUACCGAAGCGUCCAGCAACCUUCCCUCUUCUACCAGGACAUAGAGGGAACGUGGGGUGGGUAGCAGUGGACGGAGAUGUACAUGGGAUGGUGUAGCAAAAAUGGUGUAGAAGGUGAAACAGAGAAGCUUAAAAAAUGAACGGUGAAAUGCGAAAAAGUUGUUAUGCAAAGUUGGCGAAAGAACAUAUGAGAAAAGAGGAAAUGGAGAAAAAGAAGAUGACUAAGAAGCAGAAGAAAGAGAAGAAGAAGAAGAAGAAGAUGAGAUGUCAUAAGAGAGAUAAUAAAAGAAACAGAUGACGUGUAAGAAGAAAAGCAAGAAGAAGUAAAAGAAGAAAAGAGUAGAAGAAGAACAUCAGGAUGAGAAACAAAACAAAAAAAUCUAAUUACUGAGACAUGGCUGUGUUUAUUCCUCCUCAAUUUGUUUUUAAGAUGCUAUAGAUACCAGCAAUGCGUAACGAAUGUUGAACGGAAAACGAGAGUGAAAAUCUGGCUUAGUAGUGUGAGCGUUUCUGUGGGAGAGAAAGAGUUUCGUGGUCGUUCGAUAGACAUGAAUCGAAAGCGGAAGUGGACGGAUAAGAAAAGAAGUGGUUUAAAAACGCAGAAGAUAAGCAUUAAUAAUACACUGCGACACGAGAAACGUUCACGGAAGAUGCGCGAAGCACGAUGCUGCUGCUGAAAAGGGAGGAGAUCAAGAUACAA